AUGGAGAGGCCCAGGUCACACUCACCAUGGAGAGGCCCAGGUCACACUCACCAUGGAGAGGCCCAGGUCACACUCACCAUGGAGAGGCCCAGGUCACACUCACCAUGGAAAGGCCCAGGUCACACUCACCAUGGAGAGGCCCAGGUCACACUCACCAUGGAGAGGCCCAGGUCACACUCACCAUGGAGAGGCCCAGGUCACACUCACCACGGAGAGGCCCAGGUCACACUCACCAUGGAGAGGCCCAGGACAACCUCACCAUGGAGAGGCCCAGGUCACACUCACCAUGGAGAGGCCCAGGUCACACUCACCAUGGAGAGGCCCAGGUCACACUCACCAUGGAGAGGCCCAGGACAACCUCACCAUGGAGAGGCCCAGGUCACACUCACCAUGGAGAGGCCCAGGUCACACUCACCAUGGAGAGGCCCAGGUCACACUCACCAUGGAGAGGCCCAGGUCACACUCACCAUGGAGAGGCCCAGGUCACACUCACCACGGAGAGGCCCAGGUCACACUCACCAUGGAGAGGCCCAGGACAACCUCACCAUGGAGAGGCCCAGGUCACACUCACCAUGGAGAGGCCCAGGACAACCUCACCACGGAGAGGCCCAGGUCACACUCACCAUGGAGAGGCCCAGGACAACCUCACCAUGGAGAGGCCCAGGUCACACUCACUAUGGAGAGGCCCAGGUCACACUCACCAUGGAGAGGCCCAGGUCACACUCACCAUGGAGAGGCCCAGGACAACCUCACCAUGGAGAGGCCCAGGUCACACUCACCAUGGAGAGGCCCAGGUCACACUCACCAUGGAGAGGCCCAGGACAACCUCACCAUGGAGAGGCCCAGGUCACACUCACCAUGGAGAGGCCCAGGUCACACUCACCAUGGAGAGGCCCAGGUCACACUCACCAUGGAGAGGCCCAGGUCACACUCACCAUGGAGAGGCCCAGGUCACACUCACCAUGGAGAGGCCCAGGUCACACUCACCAUGGAGAGGCCCAGGUCACACUCACCAUGGAGAGGCCCAGGUCACACUCACCAUGGAGAGGCCCAGGUCACACUCACCAUGGAGAGGCCCAGGUCACACUCACCAUGGAGAGGCCCAGGUCACACUCACCAUGGAGAGGCCCAGGACAACCUCACCAUGGAGAGGCCCAGGUCACACUCACCAUGGAGAGGCCCAGGUCACACUCACCAUGGAGAGGCCCAGGUCACACUCACCAUGGAGAGGCCCAGGUCACACUCACCAUGGAGAGGCCCAGGUCACACUCACCAUGGAGAGGCCCAGGUCACACUCACCAUGGAGAGGCCCAGGUCACACUCACCAUGGAGAGGCCCAGGUCACACUCACCAUGGAGAGGCCCAGGUCACACUCACCAUGGAGAGGCCCAGGUCACACUCACCAUGGAGAGGCCCAGGACAACCUCACCAUGGAGAGGCCCAGGUCACACUCACCAUGGAGAGGCCCAGGACAACCUCACCAUGGAGAGGCCCAGGUCACACUCACCAUGGAGAGGCCCAGGUCACACUCACCAUGGAGAGGCCCAGGUCACACUCACCAUGGAGAGGCCCAGGUCACACUCACCAUGGAGAGGCCCAGGUCACACUCACCAUGGAGAGGCCCAGGUCACACUCACCAUGGAGAGGCCCAGGUCACACUCACCAUGGAGAGGCCCAGGUCACACUCACCAUGGAGAGGCCCAGGUCACACUCACCAUGGAGAGGCCCAGGUAG